UCUGAACCGCAGCCGAGCGCGCAGCCAUGCGCACCCUUUCCGGCUGUGCCUAGUCUGACCUUCGUGCGUUAUGCUGAAUGGACCCACUUUCCGCCGCUACGACCCAAUGCGACUGGUCGAUCCAAGGCACCUCCCGCAACUGAUGUCCCUGGAGGACCAUGAGCCCACCAUGGCGGGAGGGACCCUGGAGCCGCGCAAUUCCACGGCAGCGGCGAGCGAGGAGGGUGCCCCGGGUCAGCAGCAGCACUCCUUCCCGUGGGUGGCCACCGUGCUGGCCGGCGUCCUCAUCACGACCAUCGUGGUGGAUGUUAUCGGGAACCUGCUGGUGAUCGUGUCGGUGUUCAGGAACAGAAAACUCAGGAAAGCAGGAAAUGCCUUUGUGGUUAGCCUGGCCUUUGCUGACUUGGUGGUGGCCAUCUAUCCGUACCCGCUGGUCCUGACAGCCAUCUUCCAUAAUGGCUGGAUUGCAGGUUACAUCCACUGUCAGAUCAGCGGCUUCCUCAUGGGCCUCAGUGUCAUCGGCUCAAUCUUCAACAUAACUGGCAUCGCAAUCAAUCGAUACUGCUACAUCUGCCACAACCUCAAGUACGACAAAGUUUUCUCCAGCAGCAACACUAUGUGCUAUAUUAUGCUUGUCUGGAUGCUCACAAUCCUAGCCAUCGUGCCCAACUGGUUUGUGGAGUCACUGCAGUACGACCCGCGGGUAUACUCCUGCACCUUCGCGCAGUCGGUUAGCUCGCUGUACACCAUCACAGUGGUUGUGGUGCACUUCAUACUGCCCAUGAGCAUUGUCACCUACUGCUACCUGCGCAUCUGGAUUCUGGUAAUCCAGGUCAGGCGGAGAGUAAAGCCGGACUCGCGGCCCAAAAUCAAACCCCACGACCUUCGCAACUUUCUCACCAUGUUCGUGGUGUUUGUGCUAUUCGCCGUGUGCUGGGCGCCGCUGAACCUGAUCGGCUUGGUGGUAGCGCUGGAUUCCAGGCUAAGCCGAUCCAUCCCAGAGUGGCUGUUCACAGCCAGCUACUUCAUGGCAUACUUCAACAGCUGCCUCAAUGCUGUCAUCUAUGGCGUCCUGAAUCACAACUUCAGAAAGGAGUACAAGAGGAUCGUCCUGAUUAUCUUCAAGUUUCACUGCUGAGAUAAAAUGCCCAGAGCUAGAAGUGUUUUUUUAACACCCAAGAAACAAUUAUUAAAAAGCCAUGAGCAAAAGAAAUAAAAUACUACUAGAAAAGGGGACAAAUACAAACAACACUGUGAAAGGAAGAAGCUGGAACAUGUAGUAUAAGAGAAAAACAGCUCCAGGUGAAGAGGAGGAUAAAGAAGAGGUCAAAUAAAUGAUGCCAUACUGAGAGUUAUCAGUGCUGCCUUCAGGGAAACAGAGAUUUUAAAAUGUAGCGAGUCAAACUGGGACCAGACAUUGAAAGUAACUCUUAGUAAUUUGUCUCCUCAUAACUGUCUUUAGUAAGGGGUCAUUACUCAUUGGUGAAUUUUGAAAGUUAUUGGCUGCUCAAAUUUUAACCAGCAUCACAAUUAAUUUAAAUGUUGGAACAUCCAAAUAUUAUGUCCAUUCUCCUCCAUCUGAUUAAUUUUAACACAGAACAUGCUGCUGAAUUUCUAAGAAACUGUGAGCUUGUAUGAAUGAUUUU